UAAUUUUGCUUUAUCUUGGCUGAUUAUUCACGCUCAGUGGAGCUUUAUAUAAUAUUCAACUAUAUGUAGUAUAUAAGAGGAGGUGAUGGCAAGCAGUAUGUACGGAUUCGGCAAUAAUGGGUCUUCAGGCUUUUCUGGUACUUGCUCUGAUCAGCGCAGCAGCGGCAGCACCAUGGCGGUGUUACAGCACUUGUGAUGGCAGCACGGUCUGCAUUGGAGAGAGUGGACAGCCAUCGAUCAGCCCACCAUCAAUCUGCAUCGGCAGGCCGUGUCCCCCCUGCACGGGACCGGCAACAGUCUACACCCCGUGCCAGUGCCCGUGCCCAUGCCCACCCCCUCCUUGCCCGUGUCCCCCGCCCUGCCCGUGUCCAUGCCCACCCCCUGCCUGCCCAUGCCCCUGUCCAGAGCCACCCCCACCAGCAUGCCCUUGCCCUUGCCCCUGCUACUAAAUAAAUAGUAGAAAA